AUGUAUCACGUCGAACUCCUCCCCAACAGCACAACCACCCACGCCACUCCCGGGUGGACCUACGUCCCCGAUCGCGGCUUCGACCCAGCCAAAGCCGCCAUCACGCCCGCCAUCGGCCGCAAACGCGGAAUCCGCGAUCCAGGCCGAGCGGACAUCUCCUCGCGACAGAACAAUGCCAUCGUCCGACAUCUCGCGGAGCUGGAUCGCGAGAAUCACCGGGACGUGCAGAUCUCAAUUCCAGUAAAACAGAAGGAUGCAUCUGGUCGAGGAACACGAGGCAAAGUCACCUCCAACGUCCGACGAAUCCUCCAAUCCCAAAAGACCUUCCGCAACUAUCUCGACGACGAAGAAGCCGCCCUAGCGCAGCAAGCUUCCACGCAGCAAACCCAACAAACCUCUACCUCAUCCUCGCAUCGCCCCUCCGUUAACAAAAUCACCAAACCCUCCUCUUCCUCUCGUCGCAGCUCGACACCUCUAACAGCACCAACACCCAAACCCGACACCUCCUCUCGCAGUAAUCGCAGCAAACAACAACAUCAACCCUCCACUGCCCCUACCUCCUCCCGCGCCUCAACCGUAACUACCCCCGCCGAAACAGAAACAGAAGCACAAACACCCGCGCCCGACAAAGAUCAAACCCAAGACAAAGACGCAGAGAAAAAGGAUGAAGCGGAGGAGAAGGAGCAGCAAAACCCUCACGAACUUAUCAAAUCCGAAUACGACAACGACCCCCUCCUGAAAUCGUACAUCCCCUCCGCGCCCUCAGAACGCAUCAUGCAGGCCUUGCUCUCCGAACCACCGUUAACGUAUCAUGCAUCACGCGCUGGCCCGCCGAUUGCGAGAAAAUCGCCGCGGAUGGCCAGGGAUGUGCAGACAGCACUGUACUAUUCAACUUUUGACUCCAAGCUCAGGCCGUUACUACUGAAUAGGCUGACGGAGCCACUCUCAAUCAGGGAGAAGUUCGGAGGCAAGUCCCUAACUAAUGACGGCCCACACUGA